CAGCCCACCCCCCCUUCCCCCCCUCUCCUGCUGCCCUCCCCUCCCCACCCCUGCUGGCUGAUUUCAUUUGCUUAACGUGGGGUGUGGUUAUUGGGGUGCUCCCUCCCCAGGCCAGGCGGGGACCUCGGCGGCCUCCCAGCUGCCGCUGCAAAGAGACACUGAGGAAUCGGAGCUGGAAAUCGGGGAGACAUCCAGCUAGAACCCAAGAGUGCAAGGCACCCCUGGACCCGUCCGCCAUGGGGGAGAUGGAGCAACUGAGGCAGGAAGCCGAACAGCUCAAGAAACAGAUCUCAGAAGCCAGGAAAGCCUGCGCAGAUAGCACCCUGGCUGAGCUGGUGUCUGGCCUUGAGGUCGUGAGCCGCAUCCAGAUGCGGACCCGGCGGACGCUCAGGGGUCACCUGGCCAAGAUCUAUGCCAUGCACUGGGCCACCGACUCCAAGCUGCUCGUAAGCGCGUCGCAGGACGGGAAAUUGAUUGUGUGGGACACGUAUACCACCAACAAGGUUCACGCCAUCCCACUGCGCUCCUCCUGGGUAAUGACCUGUGCGUACGCUCCAUCCGGGAACUUCGUGGCCUGCGGCGGGCUGGACAACAUGUGCUCCAUCUAUAACCUCAAAUCCCGAGAGGGGAAUGUCAAGGUCAGCCGGGAGCUCUCGGCUCACACCGGUUAUCUGUCUUGCUGCCGCUUCUUGGAUGACAAUAACAUCGUGACCAGCUCAGGAGACACAACGUGCGCCCUCUGGGACAUCGAGACGGGACAGCAGAAGACCGUGUUUGUGGGGCACACGGGGGACUGCAUGAGUCUGGCCGUGUCCCCCGACUACAAGCUCUUCAUUUCGGGGGCCUGCGACGCCACCGCCAAACUGUGGGACGUGCGCGAGGGGACAUGUCGCCAGACCUUCACCGGCCACGAGUCGGACAUCAACGCCAUCUGUUUCUUCCCCAACGGAGAGGCCAUCUGCACGGGCUCCGACGACGCUUCCUGCCGUCUGUUCGACCUGCGCGCUGACCAGGAGCUAACCACGUACGCCCACGAGAGCAUCAUCUGCGGGAUCACGUCCGUGGCCUUCUCGCUGAGCGGUCGCCUGCUCUUUGCGGGCUAUGAUGACUUCAAUUGCAACGUGUGGGACUCCAUGAAGUGUGAGCGCGUGGGCGUCCUCUCCGGCCAUGACAACAGAGUCAGCUGUCUGGGGGUCACAGCCGACGGGAUGGCUGUGGCCACCGGGUCCUGGGACAGCUUCCUCAAAAUCUGGAACUGAGGAGGCUGGGAGGAAAGAGAUUAAAGGCCGGGACGCCAUCUCUUUGGGAUUUCUGUGCGGCAGGGGGCGGAAAUCCACCAAGCUGCUUUC